UGCUACGGGAUGACUUCCGCCAAAACCCUACUGAUGUUGUGGUGGCAGCUGGAGAGCCUGCCAUAUUGGAGUGCCAGCCACCUCGUGGACACCCUGAGCCUACCAUCUACUGGAAGAAAGAUAAAGUCCGUAUUGAUGACAGGGAAGAGNNNNAACAGAUACGUGGUGGGAAGCUGAUGAUCUCCAAUACAAGGAAAAGUGAUGCCGGCAUGUACACUUGUGUCGGAACAAACAUGGUGGGGGAGCGAGACAGCGACCCAGCAGAGCUGACUGUCUUCGAACGGCCCACGUUUCUCAGGCGACCGAUUAACCAAGUGGUGCUGGAGGAGGAGGCCGUGGAUUUCCGGUGCCAGGUGCAGGGGGAUCCCACACCCACAGUCCGGUGGAGGAAAGAUGACGCAGACUUGCCGAGAGGACGGUAUGACAUCAAAGACGACUACACUUUGCGCAUUAAGAAGGCCGCGAGCACAGACGAAGGGACCUACACGUGCAUUGCUGAGAAUCGAGUUGGAAAAGUGGAGGCCUCUGCUACCCUCACGGUGCGAG